AUGACAGAGAACCAUAGGACUACGAGAGCCCAGUCUUGGCUUGGGUUCUGGCACGAAUCUCGAUGCCAAACGCUAGGCGUUUGUGCGCCAGUUCCGCCGUUAUCGACUGUUUACUGGCCGCUUGAUAGUUUACUGACUUUUCGGUCGUCCGUCUAUCGCGCGGUCGGUUCUUGGGAGAUUCUCGCCGGUGGCUAUUGGGCUACCGUGCCACGCCGAAUCGGCUCUCCUCUUGUUAAGGUCUCCAUGCCUCGAGGUUCAUGGUCCACUCUUCUGCCCGAUUGCAUUUUAAUAUACGACCACCGUUGGCUAUUACUCUGCAGAGUAUGCAGUUCUCCAGCAUUCUUAAUUCCUAAAGGAAAGAAAGCUAAACAGCCAGAGAAGCCACAAACCGUUCAAACAUUUGUGGUUGCCGUUACCUUGACCGAGAGAUGGGGCGUGAAGAAGAUUGCCGACUACCACCUCUCGUGCUUCGGCGUGCUUUUUCAACGCCAACAGUUGACAUGUUCCUCUUCACGAGGCGUCGCUUCUUCCUUCCAUUAUGUUUGUUGUUCAAAGAAAGUCUCUCGGUCCUCAUCAGCUUCGGUAGAUGAACGAUCUCUUCGCUUUGCUGAAGAGCGAGAAACGGCUUUGGAAGCUACCUUCGCCAUUGACUAA